AUGAAACCCCCGACCCCCUUUCCCCUCGCCCUCAACAUCGGCACCGACAUCGUCCACCUCCCCCGCAUCGCCCGCCUCCUCACCCGCCAGAACGGCACCUACCUCGCCCGCUUCACCCGCCGCAUCCUCCACCCCCGCGAACAAGCCGACUUCCGUGCGCGCUUUCAGCUGUCCCCCUCCCUUGUACCUCUACACAAUUCCCAACCCCAAGCGAAACCCCAAUCCCAAUCCCAAGUGCAGCCCAAACUCCAACCCCAUCCUUCAUCUUCGCAACCCCCCGUGACGAUUACCCCAGACAUGACCCGCUGGCUCGCGGGGCGGUUCGCCGCCAAGGAGGCCGCGCGAAAGGCGGCGCCGCGGGGCGCCGCGCAGCUCGGGUGGAAGGAGGUGGUUGUGCAGGUGAGUGAGGUCGAUGAGGGGCGGCCGGAGGUGGUGUUUUUGGAUGGGUUGGAGGGCGAUGGGGAUGGGCAGAAAGGUGGGGGUGGUGGCAGGGUGGGCAAGUUGUCGAUUUCGCAUGAUGGGGAGUAUGUGGUUGCGAUGGUUUUGGCGGCGGGGUGA